AACAACGAGUUCCCUAGAGAAUGGUGCGAGGCCGAGUUUGAUACUAUUUUUUUCCCGUUGAAUCAGGUCCUUUUUUAUACUAUAUUGAAGUUCAGUGAUCAAAUUGAUAUUUUGACCCGCCAAACGGAUGGCCAAAAAAUAGAGAGGGAAAGAAAUCCAACGCCUCGUUCAAUCGUUCAUCCAAAAGAUGGACCUUAUCGUCUCCUGCAGUUGCAGCUCCACUUCCUCAUCUCUGUUUCGUGCUAAAUCCACGCCUCUCCAAUCUUCAUUCUUCCCUUCCAUCUCCAAUCCCUUCGCUACCAGCACCCGGAGGCUGAAAUGGGUUCCGCCCAGAACAAAAUCGGAGCUCCAGACUCCAGUUGGAGUAAACGGUCGAUCCACCAGUGUCACCCCGACGGCGGUUCCCACCCACAAAGUCACCGUUCAUGACCGGCAGCGCGGCGUCGUCCACGAGUUCGUCGUCCCAGAGGAUCAGUAUAUACUGCACACAGCGGAAUCGCAGGACAUUACGCUUCCGUUUGCAUGCAGGCAUGGUUGUUGCACUAGUUGUGCAGUACGUGUAAAAUCUGGACAACUCAGACAGCCAGAAGCUCUAGGGAUAUCUACAGAGCUCAAAGAUAAGGGAUAUGCACUGCUUUGUGUCGGGUUCCCGUCUUCAGAUCUUGAAGUCGAAACACAAGACGAGGAUGAGGUAUAUUGGCUUCAGUUCGGGAGAUAUUUUGCUCGAGGGCCUAUUGAACGAGAUGACUACGCUUUGGAGCUGGCCAUGGCUGACGAAUAGAAGAGAGAUUGUCUGAGUUUAGGUUGCAUUGUAUAACACAAGUUAAACUCAGAAUGUUGAUCCUCCACCUGCGGAUACUCAGUCAGCUUGGUUUUGACAGGACAAAAUGCCUUUUUAGUUAGUGAUCAAAGACCAAAUCGAGUAAGAUCCUGGUUCGGUGCAGACCGAAACUUGUAUGUCAUUCCUUUCGGCUCGGUUUAAUUGGAAUUUUCGAGUUUUAGGGGGUUUAGCAUGUGAUUCUGCUAUCAUAUCAAAAUUUCAUACUGUGAAACCAUAUAUAUCUUGAAUGCAACACAUUAUAAGCUGCUAGUCCUUUCAAUCAACUAGUGCUACUCCCUGCCUGCCUUCCUCCACAGCAGACUUGCGUCAACAGCUUGCAUGGACAGCUACCACCUCUUCUCUCGACUUUCCUUCGCUUCGGGUAUACCAAGAAAGUCUACUCUGUCAUUCAAUCGUGACAGCGUGCCUUUCCGAACCAAGAAUAUGAAAUGACACCAAAUAAUAUACGGCUCGAAACCUCGAAUCAACAUCAAAACCACAACUUGAUUCAAUGUAACUUGGCUUCCUAGAUGACCGCAACAUGUCUGAUGUUCUCACCACAUCAGCUGCCUGUUUAGAUCCCCUUGUCUCCACCACCAUAGCCAGAUACGUCUCGCCCACAUCACUCUGACGUUGCUCUGAUAUAGGCAACUAACUAGUCAUUUCAUUAUGAAACCAUGACAGGUUAACUAACUAAACUAAAGCUUUGCAGAAUCCUUCCCUUCCCUCCCUGCCAUGAAAAUUGGACAAAAUUUACUAUCAAUCAUUCUUCAAAUAUGGCUGGGCAAGAAAUCCUUAUCCAGUGCAGAUUGAGAUUUCUGUGGGGGCAGAGGCAGAGGCAGGGGCACAUCUUAUUCUGGAUUUUUCCUUCUUUCCCAUUUCUUGUCUUCAUUUUGGAUUUCAUCAGACUGUUUGUUACCCUUUGUUAAAAGGAAAAGGGUACUCACUUGACUCUUGACUACUACUACUACAUUUCCAAUGGGCAGUAAAUUGACCACUCAUUAAAUUUGCUCCUCACAAUGAAACUUUCUUUGUUGCAAUGCGGCUGGCUUUGAAUAGGAUGCAUUCAAGAUAGCUCUAAAUCUCUUCUGGUUAUGUAAUUAUCUUUUAUUAGACUUCCUUGUUAGUUCGAAGAUUUAAGAUCUUGUCUUCUUAAAAAAUGAACAAGUGUCGUAUAAACUUAUAAAUAUUCG